AAAUGUUCAGAAAAUCUUACCAAAUUCAAUUCUGUAAACCGUUGUUUUGUGAGCGCCGACUGUUCUGGCUACUGGUCCCAUACCCCCGGCAUUUGGCAGGGCGGAGUUUACCUUGUCUGGGUACAUCAUCAGUAGGUCGCUCGCUCCCUCGGGCUGCGGCGCCACAAAUAAAACGUGUUUUUGCUGAAAUGUGUCGAGGGCUGUGUCUGCCCAGCUCCAGUUUCCCCCGGCGGCCGCUCACGUGUGCUUCCACGGCCGGAGGCUGUGGAGGAGAGACGAGGCGGGAUGGCGGAUGCUUGAAGCGUGGGGCUGGGAACGGGGAGGAGGGGAGUUUUCACACUGACUCGGGUACUGGGCGGAGCUGUGGUCGGUGAGCGGUUGAGCCGGCGACUCGGGAGGUGGGCGGUAACGUGAGCGGGGUGGGUCGCCCGCAGGGCGCUGUGAGCAGGGCAAGUGUUCCCAACAUCUACCGCUGCCCCGUUUCCCCCUCUUUGUUACUCCCUCCCUCUGGGCUCAGUGCGACUGUGGCCCCCUGCAUGCUGCUGGUGCGGACGGCACCGUGAACCUGUCUUAGCCCGGGCUGGGUUGGGCUGAGCUUGCAUCUGUACCUGUUACCCCGGGUUAGGUUUGGCUCGAUACCUGUUCCCACGGGGUUGGCUCCUCUGGGUACCAGCAACCCCGAGCUGAAUGAGUCCGGACUGCACUAGGAUUGGAUCGCUAUGUGUUACUCGGACUAAUCGACUAACACAGCGUGUGUUGCCCCGGGGUAAGGUCGGGGCAGUACCUGUUAUCCCGGGCAGGGGCAGGUCGAUAUUGUUAAGCCGGGUUAGGGUCGGGUCGGUACCAUUUACCCCGCUCAGUAUCUACUAACCCGAGCUGGAAUCAGCUCGGUUGCUGUUAUCCCGGGCUAGGUCGGGAGGACUGGUGUUAGCCCGGCUGGGCGUGUGGCCGGAGUGGAGCGGGCUGCGGGAAUGGCCGGGCUGUGAGUGAGGCGCUGCCCGUUGUGUAGCUGAGUGAAGAUGGCGGCGAUGAGGCUGCUGACGGGCGCCGGGCUGCUGUUGGCUCUGUGUGCGCUCGGCCUCCUGGCCAUGGCCAUCUGCACCGACUACUGGUAUGAGACGGACGCGCGGCGGCACCGCGACCGCUGCAAGAACUACGCCAACAAGAGGAACGACCCCGGCUUCAUCUACACUCCCAACCACAACCUGCCCCUCCGCCAGGCGCCGCUCAGCCUCCCGCACCGCUCCAGGAGGUUCUUCCUGGGCUCCGCUUCCGUGGACUCCCACUGCAGCAGGCAGUUCAACUCCACCGUCCUCGGCCUGUGGAGGAAAUGCCACCGCCAGGACUUCGACCUGGACACCGAGGAGCUGAUCUUCAAGGGGGUCGUGCAACGCUGUCUGCCUGUGAAAUACCACUACUCCUCUUCAUCGGUCCCACAGAAUCUCCCGGUCAAUUUAACCAUGAGCAUUCGGCAAGACGAGUGGCAUGCUCUCCAUCUGCGGCGGAUGACGGCAGGCUUCAUCGGAAUGGCUGUGUCCAUCAUCCUCUUCGGCUGGAUCAUCGGCACCCUGGGCUGCUGCAAGGACCACGACCUGAUGCAGUAUGUGGCUGGCCUGUUGUUCCUCAUGGGAGGAACCUGCUGCAUCAUCUCCCUCUGCACCUGUGUGGCCGGCAUUAACUUCGAACUCUCCCGUUUUCCGCGCCACAUGUACGGCCUGCCCGAGGACAUCAGCCACGGCUACGGCUGGUCCAUGUUCUGCGCCUGGGGCGGGCUGGGCCUCACGCUGCUGGCCGGGUUCCUGUGUACGCUGGCCCCGUCCCUCAGCACGCCGCACACGACCGUACACAAGCCGCGGGUGGAGAACGGCACUAUGUGACCGAGGGAGCGGGGCCUCGGGCGGCCUGGUGAGAAACGUUUCAAUACUUCCACGCUGUUUUAUUGAAUGUAAUUUAGUAGAAUGACUUGUGAUAAGGAGCAUUAAAAACUCUAAGAAAACAUCUAUCAUUAAUGCCUUGAAACCCUCGCCCUGCAUUGAGGGUGUACAGUUUUGAUACAACUCACCCGCGUCAGAGUCCCGGGCUCUCAGACAUGUGGUGCCUCCCUCCCGCCUGGAGGGGCGGUAGGUCUGCGAUCCGCCCGGUCUCGUGUUUUGUAAUGCGGCCGUGACCGAAUUGAACCACAACUGCAUUCAUUUGUACAAAGACAGAAAUAUCUUUUUCCCGCUGUACAGAAUUCCGCCGCUGUAAAUUGCACCGCGUUUGUUUGUUUGUUUGUUUGAUCUUGCUGUAAAUUGCACCGUUUUUGUCUUUCUUUUUGGUUGGAUCCGAUCAGUUGGAAAUGCAUUUUUGUAAAUAAAAACACGUUGGAGAUGAAAAUGAAACGAUUUGCAGACGUUGGAGGCGCUGCGCACUGUGCGGCCUCUCGUCCACACACACUAGGGCGCCAGUGCUGGGGUACGGCGAGGACAGUCCAUGGUCACCUGUGGGCUGGUGACAGCGUGGAGUAGACAGGGCCAGCGGGGAGAGAGAACAGGCUGACUGGGGCCAGGGUAAAUCCAACUUCAGCCCACUCAUGUUAUCCAAGAGAAACUGCUGACACUUAAACCACCUGCUACCCACAUAUCUUGCACACAUCCAACAGCCCAGGUAAAUGUGUACACUUGUUUAACAAACAUGUCCAACCAUUUGAAACCGAUAAAACAGAGCAUUGGCAGUCAAAAUAAGCUAUCAUUCAUUAAAUCUUUUAGCUGGUUGAAAAAUGCACAUGCAUUUGCUCUGGUAAAAUAGCAAGACUGCUAAUUAUGUGACGGUCACUGCUAUUUACUGGAGAGAAGGAAUGGGCGACGUUUCGGGUCGAGACCCUUC